AUGGAUAUUUGGGUUAUUAGUGAUUUUGAAUUUUGUUACCCUGCUGAUAAACCAGUAGAAAGUAUAUAUAGAAAUCUUCCUUAUAUAGCACCCGAAGUUAUUAAUGGAAGAGGAUAUACUUUUGAAUCAUAUAUUUAUAGUAUCGGUAUGCUUAUGUGGGAAAUUUUAUCUGGACAACUACCUUUUGCUGACUUUAAUCAUGAUUAUGAACUUGCAAUAAAUUUAAUAAAAGGAAUGAGACCACAAAUCGUACAAGGAACUCCAAUGUUAUAUAAAAAUUUAAUAAUUCAAUGUUGGGAUGCUGAUCCAUUAAAGAGACAUAAUAUUAAUACCCUCAAAGAUAAAGUUACAGAAAUACAAACAUUGUAUUAUCAAAAUGAAAAUAAAGAACAAAACAUUAAUUUUAAUAGUAUACAAUCAAAUGAAUCCAAUAAGAACUCUAUUA